AAAUAAGACAUCAACAUGAUUAUUCCAAUUCGCUGUUUCACCUGUGGCAAAGUUAUUGGCAAUAAAUGGGAAUCAUAUUUGGGUUUGCUGCAAGCCGAAUACACUGAAGGUGAUGCCUUGGAUGCCCUGGGUUUGAAACGCUAUUGCUGUCGUCGUAUGCUGUUGGGUCAUGUCGAUUUAAUUGAAAAACUGUUGAAUUAUGCUCCUCUUGAGAAAUAA